AUUAUUAUUAUUCUUUCUUUCUUUCUUCUUUUUCUUUUCUUCUCCUAAUCUCGAACAUUAAAAAAGAAUGACUAACGAAGCAGUUCCUAUGGAAGUUGAUCCUUCCCAAAUGUCCCCAGAAGAAAUCAAGAAUCAAGCUAAUGAACAAUAUAAAUUAGGACAUUAUGAUGAGGCUAUUCAAUUAUAUACUCAAGCUAUAGAACUUUCACCUAAUACUUCAACUUAUUAUAAUAAUCGUGCUGCUGCCUUGAUGAUGCAAAAGAAAUACAAAGAAGCAGCUGAAGAUUGUCGUUUGGCAAUUGAAUUAGACCCUGAAAACGUAAAGGCACUUUUGCGUGGUGGUAAAUGUCAUUUAAAUAUGGGUAAUUUAGAGGAAGCAAGUCGUCAAUAUAGUCGAGCUCUUCAAGUCGAUUCAAGUCAUAGUGGGGCUAAGCGCGAUUGUAAUAGCUUACAACAAGUCUAUAAUUAUAUGGCUCAAGUGGAUACCUUUAUGAAAAAUAACCAAUGGGGUCUUGCUUGUAAUAGUCUUGAUCGUGCUAUUUCCUUUAUUGAUAGUGAUGUUAUUCCUUUAAAAUGGAGAAUAAUGCAAGCUGAAUGUGCUUUAGGAGAAAAGAAUUAUUCUGAAGCUAGUCGUAUUGUGAAUUCACUUGUUCGUUUGAAUAAUCAAAAUCCAGAUGCAUUAUACCUUAGAGCUCGAGUUUUCUACGGUCAAGGUGAAAAUCAAAAGACUGUUUCUCAUUGUCAAGAAGCACUUCGUUGUGAUCCCGAUUUUAGUAAGGCUCGUGAUUUAUUGAAAAUGGCUCGAAAUAUUGAAAAACAGAAAGAAAUGGGUAAUAAUGCUUUCAAAUCGAAUAAAUUAGAAGAAGCUUAUGAAGCUUAUACUGCUGCUUUGGAAAUUGAUCCUGGAAAUGACCAUAUGAAUGCUCGUCUUUAUUCUAAUCGUGCUGCUGUAUUACAAAAGCAAAAAAAAUUCGAAGAUGCUUUACUUGAUUGCAAUAAAGCAAUUGAAUUAGAUGAUACAUUUUAUAAAGCUUAUAGUAGACGUGCAGGAUGUUAUAUGGAAACUGAACAAUAUGAAGAAGCUGUUAAAGAUUAUAGAAAAUUAACUGAAGUGGAUGGAUCUAAUAGAGAAUACCACAGCUUAUUACGUAAAGCCGAACUUGAAUUAAAGAAAUCACAACGUAAAGAUUAUUACAAGAUUUUAGGUUUAACAAAGAGUGCAACUGAAACUGAAAUUAAGAAAGCUUAUCGAAAGUUAGCACUUCAAUAUCAUCCUGAUAAGAAUGAUGGUGAUGCAAAAGCAGAAGCACGGUUUAAGGAAGUUGGAGAAGCCUAUGCUAUUUUAAGUGACCCAGAGAAAAAGGCUAGAUAUGAUUCUGGUGUUGAUCUUGAAGGAGGUAUGGGUGGUAUGGGUGGCUUCCCUGGUGGAGGCAUGGGCGGUGUUGAUGUAAAUGAUAUUUUUGCUCAAAUGUUUGGUGGUGGUAUGGGUGGAUUCCAAAGUGGAGGAUUUUCUACUGGUGGUUUCCCAGGUGGUGGUUUCCCAGGUGGCGGUUUCCCAGGUGGUGGAAGACGUCAACAAAAUGGAUUCAGUUUCCAUUUCGGUUAAAAGUAAAUAAACCUAUCUAUCAUUUCUCAUCCUCUCCCCUUUACCUCCAUCUACAUAUUAUUCACUUUAUAUACAUAUACAGUAUGUAUAUACAUAUACAUGUAUAAUAUACACAUAUUCAUGUCGAUAUAAAUUCAAAUCUUUUAUAUAUAUAUACAUCUAUAUAUCUUUUCUUUCUUAUUUUAAUAAUAAGAAAAGAAGAAGAAACUACCUUGUUUUAUAUAUUAUAAUACUAUAGAAGAAAAAUAUAAUAAUAAACAGAAGAAAAAAAAAAGGGCCUCCAAUAUUAUUAUAGAAUCAAAAUAUCUAUAUUAUCUUUU